AUGAAUGAUCUUGGCUUUCCUACUUUCUUUAUCCAUCUCAUUAUGACAUGUCUAACCACCACAAGGUAUUCCCUGUUGAUCAAUGGUAAUGCCACUGAGCUCAUUCAACCUAGAGGGUUGAGACAAGGAGAUCAUCUCUCUCCUCUUCUCUUCACCCUCUGCAAGGAGUAUUCCUCUAGGGAAAUGUGUACCAUUGGAGAGCAUUCUAGUUUCAAGUUUCACAGGUUUAAGCUCUUUUCCAAUACUACAGGCUUGUAUUUGGGAGUCUCAAUUAGCAUUGGCAAGUUUCAAGCUGGUGACUGUGAACUCUUAGCUAACAAAAUGGUUUCAAGAAUCAAAGUGUGGAGUUCUAGGCAUUUAACUUUUGCUGGCAUAAUGCAAUUGGUCAACACUGUACUGAUGAGCAUUAGUAUCUACUGGGCUCAAAUCUUCAUCCUCCCAAAGGUUGUAAUCAAGAAGAUUAAUUCUGUUUGCAAAUCCUUUCUCUGGUAUGGCACCUAUGAUGACAGUGGACCAGGGCAUAUUGCCUGGAACAACCUAUGUGGUAAUAAAGAUCAUGGUGGAUUGGGGUUUAGAAACCCAUCUUAUGGAAUCAAGCAGCUGUUUGCAAAUUAG